CCAAACGUGGAGCAGCUGGAGUCAUUAGCCACUCUGGAGCUACAAGUGCUGCGUGCAUCAUCUUUAACCUCAAACCUGUUCCAGCUGGUCACUCACUUGGUCUGGUCGUGGUAUGGUGUUGUUGGCAAAAGCAGCACAAUGAGCCUUACCAAAUGUUUGAGGCUGCUUGUGAUUUGCGUUUGUCUUCUGGCUUCUGUUGUAAACUGUGAGAAUUCCCAGAAAGUGGGAGUCCACAAAGACACAGAUGACAAAACAUUUCAUGACCAGUCUGUUUUCACAGUAAUUGGAAAGAAAAGGGACAACGUUCGGCAAACUUUCAAGCAUCACCCUGUUCUCAACAAACCAGAUGAGAUGAGAAGGUUCAGCGCUGGAGUGAAAAAGGACCCCGAGGGCAAAGCUAUCCCCUACUUUAUGAAGAAAAUUAAGCAUAAUCGUCCUAAUCCUGUUUUAUCAACUGGUGCAGGAAAAUUUCCUAAGUAUUCCCAUCAUACCAGAAUCAGGUCGAGUAAAGGGUUUUCACCUAUCCAGGUAGACCAACAAAGAAAGAGGAAUGGUCUUUAUUCCCAUUGGAAGAUACACAAUGCCAACAGCCGUGGCAUCAGUUCUCCUCAUUCCUUCAGAUCCAACAGAACGAACCCUUUGCCAAAGGCAUUGAAAUCGGUAAAAGAUAGUACUGUUGGAGGACGGUCUUCUGGCAGCAGAUCAUCAGGAACAUUGGUGGCUUGGAGUCCCAGGUUCUUGAAUACUGAGGCAAUGUCUGAAACAAAAGGUUACGCCCAUGUGCGACACAUUAAGCCUGGUUCAGAGAAACUGCAACAUCAAGCUAGUUCACAUGCUGGGAUCAAGCUCAUGGGACACCAUGGCAGUCAGUCUGUGAGUGGGAAUCACAACCAUAAUCCAGAACUGGGAUCUGGUGCUCAGAUAUCAAGUGAACGCCACACAAACCAUAAUCUUGGAAAACCACCUUCUGGAAGCUUUAAUGGCCGUUUACCAGUGAAGUCACAAGUCCCUGUUCAAGGCAAAUUCAAACCCUUCCAGAGAGUGGAUUCACAUUUUGAUCUCUCUAAUCACACCCAGAAAUUUGAAGAGACCACUGCUUUGCCUAGUUUGAACUCCACCGUUGGAUCUUCAACAACAGUCUCUCCAGUUUCUCAGGAACUUGACACAAACUCAACGUCACCCACUCAGCCAUUCGAACCAUUGAUUAGCCCAGAGGAACCGUCCAGCAAUUCAACAGAAGCUGGCUCUUUGGAUCAAAACAAGGAGUAAAGCCAAGCACUUCUGUUAAUGUCUUAUUUAGAAAUGGUACAACCUCAUCUGCCAAAUUCUGCUUCAGUGAAGUAGAAAGUUGAUAGAAUCGUCUGGUAAAGCAAUAUCUACAAGCUGACCUCCAGAAAGCUUGAGUUUUGUUGUAAAGUAACUGGAAAAAAUGUGAUUUGAAUGAAUAAAGGAAAAAAACAAAACAAAA